CAGAAUGUAAAAAAUUAUUACAAAUAAGGAAAAUUUAGGAUUGCAUCAAAAGGCAACUCAUCAUAUUGGAAAUGAUAUUAAUCAAGAAUUUGAACAUGCUGUGCAAGAUUCAAGUUUAGAAUCAAAACGUCAUUUAUCUGGGGAAGAUAAUAUUUCUAACGUAAUAGAUCAUGUUUUAACUGAAGAACAACAUACAAAUAAAUUUUCAAAUAAUUCUAGUGAUUACCAAAAAAACUUUUCAUGUGAGCAAUGUAAAAAGUUAUUUGAAACAAAGGAAGCAUAUGAAUUACAUGUUAAAGUAGUUCAUGAUCAUGAUAAGUUAUUUAUUUGCACUAUAUGCAAUAAAAAUUUUACUCAACAAACGGCUUUAAAACAUCAUAUGUCAAUACACGAAAGACAUAAAUUAGAGAAAGAAUAUCCAUGUGAUAUUUGUGGAAAAGUACUUAAUCAUCCUAGUUCUGUAGUAUAUCAUAAAGAAGCGGAACACAACAAUGGUCGGCGAUUUGUUUGCAAUAAAUGUGGGAAAAGUUUUAAACAUAAGCAAUUAUUACAACGUCAUCAACUUGUGCAUUCUGAUGAUAGACCUUAUAUUUGUAAAUCUUGCAAUGCCAGUUUUAAAACAAAAGCAAAUUUAAUCAAUCAUCAAUCUACACAUACUGGCGAAAAAAAAUAUUUUUGUGAAAUCUGUGGACAACAAUUUGCACAUAAAACUAGUCUUACAUUGCAUUACAGAUGGCAUACAGGACACAAACCAUAUACAUGUGAGGUAUGUCAUAAAAGUUUUUCACAAAAUGGAAAUUUACAAGAACAUAUGCGAAUACAUACAGGAGAAAAACCUUAUUGCUGUGAUUAUUGUGGUAGAAAGUUUACUACUUCUUCACAAUUUAAACUUCAUGUUAAACGACACACUGGCGAGCGUCCUUGGAAAUGUGAAUUUUGUGCAAAAUGUUUUUUGCAUAAAGAUACAUGGAAAUGUCAUGUACGCAGACAUAAAGGAGAACGACCUUUUCAGUGUGCUCAUUGUAAUCGAGGUUUCACAGAACAAUGGGCUUUAAAAAAACAUCUUCGUUUGCACACUGGUGAAAAACCUUAUUCUUGUGAUGUUUGUGGAAAAGCAUUUGCAGAUUGUUCAAACUUAACAAAGCACAAAAAAGUGCACAGAGAAACUAAACUUUCUACAAUAAGUGAAAUAGAAGGAUCUCCAAUUGGAGAAGUAUGGCAAAUUUUACCUAGUUCUCAAGAAUCUGAUGAACAAUCAUUAACUGAUCAAAUGGCUCAGGUUAUUGCAACACAAGAUGAUACAUCUGGAGAUGGUAUUCAACAAAUUAUAUAUGUUUCAUACCAAGAUCCAGAUGAUCCUAAUCAAUCUCGAACUUUACAUUUCGUUGAUGCUGGAAUGAUGAGAAAUAAAGAAGAAAAAACAAAUGUAAAUCAAUCAUUAUCACAUUUAAGUGUAAGCAAUGAUGGAAUCCUUUCUAAUCCAGAUCAUGAUACUGGAAAUAGCAAUUCAAAUGAACGAAUAAAUGUAGAACUUUCAGAAUCUGAUCUUCAACUUCAGAUUACAGAUGAAGAAGGUAAUCCAAUUCCUCUUUCAAUUCAAGAUGCUAGACAACUUUUAUCUCAAAGUCAAUUUGUUAAUCAACUUAAUGAUGGUCAAGAAAUUAGAGUCCAUCCUGGCGUAAUACAAGAUGAAUUAACAACACCGUUAAGUGUACAUGUUAAUCAAAAUUCUGAUAUAAAAGAUGUUGACAUUUCCAAUACAGUAGAUGCAAAAGUGAAAAAUAUUUCAACUGUACAAACAGAUGCAGAAGCAAUUGUGAAGGCAUUACAGGAUGAAGAUACAGAUGCAAAUGCUGUUGCAACUAUUAAUCAAAUGGAAGAAUCGGAACAAUCUGGGAUCGCUGAAAACGAACAAGCAAUAGAAUUUACAACACAAGAUGGUCAGAAAGUUCGUUUAGUUACUUCUUAUCAUGUUGAUCCAAUGCAACUUGCUUCUGAGUACCUGACUAUUGUAUAAAACUUAAUUAUAAAUUUAUCUAAAUAAUUUCUUUAAACUUAUUAAUAUAAAUAGUACUUUAUACUGAUUAAUAGAAUUUUCGAAGUAGACCACUUACUUAUUGACGAAACUUUACUCAAGCAGAAUAUGAUUAUAAAUAAAUAGUCA